AUGCUCUGCAUCCAGAAAUCCAGAACGUCGCCAUACCACCCAGAAGGUAACGGUAUGAUUGAAAGGUUCAACGAAACACUGAAGAAUUCAAUAGCUAAGGUUACGGUACAGCAUGGAACAGAUUGGGACCUACACCUUGUACCAGUGCAACUCGCCUACAACUCGAGUGUACAUGAGACCACUGGACUGUCCCCUUUCUAUCUGAACCAUGGGAGAGAACCUCGUUUGCCGGUAGAUGUGGUCUAUGGCUGCCCGACCAAGGACUACUGGAGCUCAGCUAGCCGCUAUUCCAAGGCUGUAUUCCAGGAACUUCAAGAAGCCUUUCAGGAGGCGCAAAAGACAGCUACCAUCAGUCAGGAGCGGCAGAAAAAUGUCUAUGACAAAUGGGCAAGGAAUCACCCAUACCAAGUGGGUGACAAGGUAUGGCUUCACACAACGGUAUCCAAAGACAGGCACCGGAAACUGGCUUUGCCAUGGAUUGGUCCGUACAUCAUUGUCAAACGGAUGCAGACAUCAGCUGGCUUGCCAGGGGUUACUUAUCGUAUACAAAGUGAGGAUGCCUCCAAACGCCAAUGGUUAGUGGUUCAUCACAAUCGGCUGAAGCCAUAUGCGGCACCAAAGAUACCACGGCCACUGACCGAUAAGAAUCAUGAAGAUGUAGCAGAGGUAAAUCCUCCUACUGUUCAAGCUCCACAGAGAAUGUUUUCCCCAAUAGGGGCAUUUCCAAAUGGCCCAGUUGGAGGAGAGUUUGGCGGUGGCAUGGGGUUACCUGUCGCCCCUGAUCCUGGUCCUCCCACGGAACCAGCGGUUGUAGCAGUAGAAGAGCAAAAUGCACCAGAGGAGGGUGAGCCAGGUGUUGACAUGGGUUUACCUGCAGACCGGCCACCUCCAAUACUAGCAGAAGACAUAGACGAAAACCACGAUGCUGAGGUAGCUGAUGACCUACCCGCGGCCCAGCCACCGGAUCAAGCAUCUGAAGAUGAUCCGCGGGAAGAUCUUGCAGAUAGCAACUCGGACCAGGGCGGAGAGGCUGAGUUUGAACCCCCAGAUGAAGACAAUUACCACGAUGCAGCGGACCAGCUGCCAGUUCUAGAUGAGCGUGAUGAGGGCGAACCCCCUUCUAAUAUACCAGCGGCAAACGUACCACCCCCACAGGAUGCUGGUCGGCCAGAGGCUGACCAAAUGGCACAGGAAGGAGAUAUGGAAAUAGAGGCAGCACCGGAUCCCACCACGACCAGGAACGGACGAGGAGUGCGAGCACCGGUAUAUCUUCAUGACUAUGUACGGAAUGUUUCAACCCUUCGAUGGACAUACUGA